CUGCACGAAGAAAAGGGCAAGACGGGAUCUUCUGCUUAUCUCGGAGCGAUGAGGGCAGGGCAUUCAUUGGGCACAAUGCCGUCGCUACUUGUGCAUGCAACGCUGCUGUGGAUGUGGAUCUUCAACGCCUUCAGCGUCAUGCUGUCACGGUAAGCCUGAGGCACGAAUCACGGGCACCGCUGCAUGGUUGUCUGUGUCAUGCAGAUGCCGCCAGCCCUUGUUUAUUCCUCCCUCUCACGUGGUUUCCCCCCGUCGGUCAUUCGUCCGCUCCCUCCUGUUUGGCCGGACGCACCGCGGUUCUAUGCCGAGGCCUCCACCUGCCUCGCGAGAAGCUCUUGUCUACAAGGAUGUGGAUCUGGAUGCCCUCAUCGCCCAGUGGGAGGCGAAUGGUGUCGGCGAUGAUCUAGAAGAUGAAUCGCUGCCUGACGAGAGCCGGGAUCUGUCGGCGGAGCAAGUGCACACAUUAGCUGUUGAAGCGAGUGAUGCUGGCGUGCGGCUUGACCGCUUCCUUUCGGACCACUUUCCCCGCUUCUCACGCUCCUACCUGGGCCAGCUGUGUCAAGACCAGAAGGUUUUCGUCGACGGCCGACCAGCGCGCAAGAGCGCGAAGGUGGAAGAGGGGCAGACGGUCACGGUGGAGCUCGGGGGCACGACUGAGCCGUCCUCCAACGAGCUGCUGCCCGACGAAUGGACGCUUACGGCCGAGCCCAUCCCUCUCAGCAUUCUCUACGAGGACGACAGCCUCGUUGUGAUCAACAAACAGGCGGACCUGAUCGUCCAUCCCGCCCCAGGCUCGUGGAACGGCACCGUCAUCAACGCACUCAUGCACCACUUCCAUUUGUCCUUGCCGCCCCUGUUCGAGUCGGCCGAAUCUGCGGUGAUCGACUCGGCUGAACUGCUGCCUCUCCGGUUUCGUCCUGGCGUGGUGCAUCGGCUGGACAAGGGCUCGACUGGCGUGCUGGUGGUCGCCAAAACUAAGCAGGCGCAGGCCCACCUGUCGCAACAGUUCGCCGACCGACUUGUCAACAAGACGUACGUCGCUGUGUCUGUCGGCAAUCCCGGCACACAGAGCAUCGACGUGCCAAUCGCGCGGCAUCCGACGCAGAGGCACAAGAUGACGGCUGUCAGAGACCCAUCACUCCGCGAACCUGUCAGCAAGUCCUCAAGCCCUGUGACAAUCGUCGGACAGUCUCCCCGCGUCGAGGCGCUGCUGCGUGUUGCCCGCCCCGCCGAAUCAGAGGUGCGCACUAUCGCGACGGACGGGCGGCUGAGUGUGGUUGAAGUGGACAUUCGCACCGGUCGCACACACCAGAUUCGGGUUCAUCUGCAGCACAUCGGCUGCCCCGUGCUGGGCGACGAGACGUACGGCAAUGCCGACUGGAACAGGCGAUUGGCAAGGGCGCUCGACCGACAGAACCUCAAGAGGAGGGGGAAGCGGGGGCAGAGGGCUGGGACUAUCGGGGGCAUCUUCGAUGAGCAGGAUGGGCCGCGGACCUUCUUCGGUGUGGACGACAUCCCACCUCAUCUGCGCGAUGACGGAGGAGAAGCGGAGGCCGUUGGUGAUGAGACAGCAGAGGCGGACGGCAGCGAAGUGUCACCAUCAUCGGGCGAGUGGCAUGUGCAUCCGCUGCUUCACGCGCAGAGGCUCGAGCUGACGCAUCCGAUGUCUGGCGAAGCAAUGCGAUUUGAGGCGCCUCUGCCGGAUGACCUUCGAUGGGUGGCUGGGAAGAUCUCUCCAAGGCUGGCCGGGCAGACAUCUGAGUAGUAGUGUGACAUCCAUCUGUACAGCUUUCGUCGACGUCGAUAAACGAUCCGUGAAUGCAUGAGUAAUUGAGUGACUGACUGGCAGAAAGACACAAUCAAACGUCAGAUGGAAACCAGAGAGACACAGACAUAAGCAGAGACAUACAUGAAG